UUUUCUGUGGGUUUCUCUGUAACUCCUCCCAUGCAUUCCUGUGUGUCUGGGCUGUGAAGAAGAGGAGGAGGAGGAGGAGGAAAAGGAAAGAGAGGCUGCAGAAAGCUGAACCAGAGAGAGAGGAGAUGAUCAUCAACAACACAGCUUCUCUCUGACACCCAACACACACUUAUCUCCAAAGCCUAAACAAACACCACGUGUUUCUAUUUAUUUUAUUUAUUUCCUUUUAAAAGUUGUUGGAAACUUUUUCAUUUUUUCCACCAGAGUUGGAGCUUUUCUGUUUUUUUCCUCAGUGUGACUGCGUUGCAACAAGAGAGAACCCCCCUGCAGUGUUUUCAUUGCUUUUUUUUCGGCUGCAAAAAACUGCAACAAAGCGGAAAGAAGAUCAAAGAGAGGAGAUCAGUCAUGGAGAUCCUGGACAGUAGUGAAGCGUUUCUGCACUGGGACAGGAACCUCAGCGAGCUGUCUGAGGCUGGAGAGAUCGACCGAGUGCUCUACACCAAUCACUUCUCCGAGCUCCUCGACGACCUCUCCCAGGAUGCUUUGCUGGGCCAGCUGCUCAGCGACCCCUUCCUGUCGGGGGUGAGAGGCGGCGUUGAAGCCAUGGAGGGGGAGGACGGGUGUGACCUGUCCCCGUCCUCCCCUCUGCCCCCACACACCGCCGAGCACAGCUACUCGCUCUGCGGGGACAGCCGGCCACAGUCGCCCCUGUCGCACCUGACCGGAGAGCAAGGCAGCGACGCAGCAGAAUCCGAUGGAGACUCGGCUGAUUGGCCCAUGGAGCAGGACGACGCCAUCGACAGCCUCCUGUGUGAGACUCCUUCCCUCCUCCCCACCCUCUCCCUCUCUCUGGCCUCCAGCGAGGGGCCCCAGGAGCCCGAGGGCCCCCCCGUGGCCCCCCCUGCUGCCUCCCCACCUCGGCCCACAGUCGGCAGCCACAACCAGGGCAAAGGACUCAAGAUAAAAGAGGAGAACAUCAUCCCUCAGAUCAAACUGGAGCCUCAUGAAGUGGACCAGUUUCUCAAUCUUUCACCCAAAGGUCUGGAGGCGCUGCAGAUGCCUCCCACUCCUCCCAGCUCCCACGGCAGCGACUCGGAGGGCAGCCAGAGCCCCGUCCACGCUCCGCCCGGCCUCUCCUGCCCCACCUCCCCCACCAGCCCUCCACCCUCCCAGGCCAGCCUGAAGGUGUCGCCUCGGGCCGCUUCCUCCCUGUCAAACUCCCCUCUGCUCACCGCCGCUCAUAAGCUGCAGGGCUCCGGCCCGCUGAUGCUGACGGAGGAGGAGCGUCGGACGCUGGUGGCCGAAGGUUACCCCGUCCCCAACAAGCUGCCGCUCACCAAAGCCGAGGAGAAGGCGCUGAAGAAGAUCCGCCGGAAGAUCAAAAAUAAGAUUUCGGCUCAAGAGAGUCGCAGGAAGAAGAAAGAGUACAUGGACGCUCUGGAGAAGAAGGUGGAGACCUGCUCCAACGAAAACCACGAGCUGCGCAGGAAAGUGGAAACUCUGGAGUGCACGAACAAGUCUCUGUUACAGCAGCUGCAGUCUCUGCAGGCGGUGGUGGCCGGCAAAGUCCCCAAGUCCUGCAGGAUGGCCGGCACCCAGACAUCAUCAUGCCUAAUGGUGGUCGUGUUGUGUUUCUCUCUGUUUUUGGGGAGUUUCUACCCCAGCAGUUUGACUCCGUGCUCCACCAUCACUGAAACUGGCCUCGCUUCCAAACAGCUGGCUGACAAAGAUUCCUACACGACCACAGUUAAGUCGAGGAAUCUCUUAUCAACCUUCGAGGACGAGCAGCCUCAUCUCCUCGGUCUCGGCGGGGAGUAUCCCGACCAAUGGGAGGAAACGACGGCCGUCGUCAUGGCAGCGUGGCGUCGCUCGGAGCAACAGAAAGAGGCCGCCGAGCCCAGCACUGUGGAGACACACCCACCAUUCAGAAAUAAAAACAACGAUACGCAGACAUCCAAAAACCUGCUGAUGGACCUGCACAGGUCUCUGGAGCAGAUGACGAAUGAGAGCAGCAGUAAAAUGAUCGAGCUGGAGCGAACGGUCAACGAGACCUCAUGAGGUUCAUGUCAACAACUCCCCAAAACCCCAUGAUGACCUUUGACCUCCCCUCUGUAGAUAAUGGUUCAGUGUCCUGGAGCAAAGCUCAUACAGUACAACAGUUCCCACUGCUGCUUGUUCCAUCUCUGCUUAAUCAGAUACACUGUAAUAAUAAUAAUAA